GGCCCAAGAGAAUAACUGUUGCUAGCGUCAAUAUUGACUUGGAUUAGUGGAAAUAGAAAUGUUGACGCACAAAGGUUGUCAAGGUGGCCGUAAGAAAAUGCAGGUAUCCUUCGUAAUAAGAGAUGCAGAGGAGAAGCAGCACAGAAAUGGUGUUAAUGCCUUGCAGCUUGAUCCCAAUAAUGGCAAGCUCUAUUCAGCCGGACGUGAUGCUAUUAUACGUGUAUGGAAUACUAGAACAGAUUCUUCUGAUAAAUACAUACAAUCGAUGGAGCAUCAUAACGAUUGGGUUAAUGAUAUUGUGCUUUGCUGCAAUGGCCGAAAUCUAAUAAGUGCCAGCUGUGAUACCACUGUGAAAGUGUGGAAUGCUCAUAAGGGGUUCUGCAUGUCUACACUUCGUACACAUCGUGAUUACGUACAGGCUUUGGCCUACGCUAGAGAUCGAGAGCAAGUAGCAAGCGCAGGUUUAGAUAAGGCGAUUUUCCUUUGGGACGUGAAUACGUUAACCGCAUUGACUGCCAGCAACAACACCGUUACAACCUCUAGUCUCACCGGUUCCAAAGACUCUAUAUAUAGUCUGGCUAUGAAUCCUGCUGGUACGGUUAUUGUUAGCGGUUCUACAGAGAAUAUUCUUCGCAUUUGGGAUCCCCGCACCUGUACACGUAGUAUGAAACUACGUGGUCACACCGAAAACGUACGCGCAUUAGUCGUUUCACCGGAUGGUAAUCAAGUAGUAUCGGGCAGUUCAGAUGGUACAAUAAAAGUUUGGAACCUAGGCCAACAACGUUGCGUGCAAACCAUACAUGUACAUAAGGAAGGUGUUUGGUCAUUGCUAAUGAGUGAAAACUUUCAAUACGUCAUUUCCGGUAGUCGAGAUAAGAAUAUCAUUGUCACCGAGUUGCGAAACCCUAGUAAUUCGGUGUUGGUAUGUGAGGAGCGUGCACCAGUGCUUAGCUUGGGCUAUAACAUUGACAAAACAGGUGUUUGGGCUACUACAUGGAAUUCCGACAUACGUUGUUGGAAGUUGCCAUUGUAUGAUAAAUGCACUUUAACGUCUAGUGGAGGAAUGGAUGCACAAUGGGGAUUAGCAUCAAACACAGAACUCACAAGCAUUAAAGGUGGGGCAGCGGUUAAAAAAUGCGUAGUUUUGAACGAUAAGCGUUUUAUUGUCACAAAGGAUACUGAAGAAAAUGUUGCCAUCUAUGAUGUUUUACGUGUAAUAAAAAAAGAAGAUUUAGGAAAAGUGGACUUUGACGAGGAGUUGAAAAAACGUAAUAAGCAAGUUUACAUUCCAAAUUGGUUUACCGUAGACUUAAAAACUGGAAUGCCAACAAUUGUUUUAGGGCAGGAUGAAGUUGAUUGCUUUGCGGCGUGGGUCUCUAUAGAGGCUGGUCUUCCAGAAUGUGCAGAACCAACAUCAGAAACUAAAAUAAAUUAUGGAAAAUUGUUACUGGAAGCAUUAUUAGAAUAUUGGACGCCACCGCAUAGCUUACCGCAGAGCGAGUUGGAACCAGAUAGCCAUGGUAACGGAUAUUUUCAAGUACCCAAACACACCCCAGUUAUUUUUAGUGAGGUGGGUGGGCGCACAGUAUGUCGCCUUUUAGUGCGUGACGCAGCUGGCGAAAGUGAAAGUACUUUACUUCAUGAAACGGUGCCACAAUGGGUCACUGAUGUCGUGAUCGAAAAAACUAUACCGAAAUUCUUGAAAAUUCCAUUCUUCCUCCAACCACACCCACAAAUGAUUAAGCCUGAACGUACCAAAAAGGACCGACUAGUUGCCAACGAGUUUAUACAAUGUCGUAAAGUAUGCGAGCAUGUAUUAGAAAAAGUAUUAGGCGCAGAGACAACGCCUAGCGGUGGUAACGCAUCAAACUCCUCGCAGAAUAGUCAAAGUGAUGCGAAUUCAGAGGGCUCACAGGUACCUGCCGAGGACCGCAUUGAGUUAUGGUGUAACGAUGUGGCUGUUGAUCCCAAUAUGGACUUACGGACAGUGCGCCAUUUUAUCUGGAAACAGUCAACCGACUUGACUUUCCAAUAUAAGACAAAGCCAAAUUUCAGCUACGAUGGUAAACUAUGAAUAAAUACUCUCGACGAAAUUUACUAAAUCAGCAACAUCAACAUCAACAUAUUUACAUAUUGUUAACACCUACUCUUACACACCCACAAUACAUCCAAAAGUUGCGUUGUGUUUCAAUAUUUUCGACGUGAAAACAAAGGAUGACAGGGGUUUCAUUUAACAAAAAUGCGUAGCUUAGUUCAAAUCUUUUACAAUGAUCUACGUUCAUCUAACUAAUGAGAGUUAGUAUUAAAUCUAUAUAAACGUACAAAGAUAUUUAUUUUUGUUAUUAAAUAUGUUAUUUUCAAAGAAAAAAAAACUGAACAAAAACAAAUAGAUAUGAGUUGUUUUUGUUUAAUUUUUUUUUAUUUUUAAUCUAAGCUGAGCGUGCUGAACUUUGCCUAGAAUUUUCUCUUUUUUUCGUGCAUUAAAAUCAUUAUUUGGUAAUAUGUAGUUAAUCUUACUGGAUCGAGCUGGAUGAAAAGAUGAUGAAAUUUUCGAUAUAUAUUUUUUCAUGAUGAAAUUUUAAAGAAUCCUUUCUCUAAAGAAUAUAAAUCAUCAGUAAACAUGAAAAGGUAGUCGUUUAUAGUUUUAGAAUGAGGGAAUUUCUGAAUUAGGAACUACGAAUUAUAAUGCAAUAUGGCAGCGUUUAUUUAUUACUUCAAUUUAUUUAUCUUACAAAUUUGUUAAGAAAUUCCGCAUCGUAUUUAUGUAUAUGUGGCUGGUUUUUUUAAUCGAGCUUGAUUGUAUUUAUAAAAUCUAGAGACAUUUAAUAUACAUUAUUGGGUUAACUCAAUAAUAUAUGUAUAUGGUGUGUAUUAUUCUCAAUUUAUUUACUUUAAUAUUUAAUAAGUUUAAAGCUAUUCUAUAUGAAAUUAUAAAUAUAAAAUAAAAUACAAAAUCAAAAACUUAGAUAAUACAGCAACGACUACUAUACAAGUAAUUUACUACGUAUGUUACAAACUACGUAUAUACAUUUAUAUAUAUCUAUAUAUAUAUGUAUGUAUUGUAUAUAUAU